GUUACAUACGUCAUUCAUUUGUGUGGUCUUAAGACCAUAAUGCAAUUCUUAUCGUCUAGCUUCCGACUUUGUGUUGAUAGGCUCAAUAAAAAGAAAAGACUCCAAUAGAUCUGUAUCUUCUACACAAUGUCUUCAGAGGCGAAACGGCGUUCGGGUUAUCGCCCCAAAUAUGGGACUAAAUGUGUGAAGGAUAUGGCUUUAGACAAAUCGAUGCUGGACAAAGGGAAACUGAUCACCGAAGUCCGAAAAUCCAGCGACCUUAACCAGGCAGUGAGAGACCGCUUAUGUCUGUGGCCAACAGGCGACGAGAUAGUCACGCUCCUGAUGUUGCUUCAGAGUGAGCAGAUCACGAAGUCCUACCGCCAGUCUGCUGUCCAGCCCAAACCACCGUCCUCUCCACCCAACAUCGUCUUUAAUGAGGACGUCGUCUUCAGUAGAAAGUCCAGUGUCUCAUACAAUGACAGUUCUCUGAGCGAUUGGAAAACUCUACGAGCUUCCCAAAGUCAUUCCAGAGGCAGAAAAACUCCUCGUGGAUUAGAUCACACUGUCAGAGUGCAUUCCCCGAUAGAUCAGAUAAGUAAGAGGUCUAGCAACGCCAGUAUAAGCCUGCCUAGAGUUAAUGUUUCAGGCAAAUCGCUGUCCGGAGUCGUUCCUGCGAUCAAAUCGCAGGUCGGAAACAAGGAUCCUACCCUAAGCCCUCUGAAUACCAAGCAGAAGAAAGAAUUGUAUAUCUCUCGACCGACUUUGAAAACCAUUCAGGAAACAGAUUUGUCCAUGGAUGGUCACAACUAAAGAGUAUGUGUUGAAAGAUUUGAUGUAGACCUGAAAUGCUUCAGAUGACCUUUUGCUAACUUUUUAAAUAUAUUUUUUUGUCGCUUUUAAUGUUGUAAGUAAAGAGAAAUAAUUUAAACAA